AUGCAAUUCAAACAAUCUAUAGCCACUCAACUAUCCACCAUCACAGGCCAUCCGGAAACGCAAUUGAUUGAAAUGAUUGAAAGACCAAAAAAUAAAGAUUUUGGACAAUUUUCAAUAGCAGUAUACAAGUUGAUGCAAGGUGGAAUGCAAAAGAAGAGGAAACCGGAUGAAGCAAAAAGUGUAAAUGUUGAAGAAAAUGCAAGAGCGGAAGAAGGGGGGAAAAGGAAAACUGCAGAUGAAUUCUGUAAAGAACUAGCCGAAAAGUUUCAAAGUUCUCCAACGAUAUCGAGUACAACACCAAUAGGCCCAUAUCUCAACUUUCACGUUAAAAAACCUGUAUUUAUCCAGCGUGUUGUUGACGAGGUUUUCGGUCAGAAAAAUCUUUACGGAACAUUCAAAUCUCAUGGACAAGGAAAAACCGUCGUGAUCGAUUUUAGUUCACCCAACAUUGCAAAACCAUUUCAUAGUGGUCAUCUGAAAAGUACUAUUCUCGGAAACUUUGUGAAAAGGAUACAUGAUGCUUUGGGAUACAAGACCAUCGCUAUAAACUAUUUAGGAGAUUGGGGCAAACAAUAUGGAUUAUUGGCUGUUGGAUUCAACACGUAUGGAUCACAUGACGAGUUGGACAAAGACUCUAUCAAGCAUCUUUAUGAUGUGUAUGUGAAAAUAAGCCAGGAAGCAAAGCACAAUCCUACGAUUGAUCAAGAAGCAAAUGAUUAUAUCAAGAGAAUGGAAGAUGUUGAGCGCCUUCUUACUACCAAGAAUCUUUUAUCCACUCAAGACGACGGUACAUGCACAAUCGAUCUCUCCGAAUACAAUCUCGGUACUCCGCAGAUCAAACGCAUGGAUGAGACAUCUGUAUACCUCCUUCGUGACAUUGCUGCAGCCACACAACGCAGACAGCUGUAUAACUUUGAUCAAAUGUUUUACGUUGUUGGGAUGAGCCAGCAAAAUCAUUUUCAGAGAUUGUUUAAAAUUCUCGAGCUGACACAAAAUCGGGAAGGCAAUGGUGGGGAAAAAUGGGCAGAGAACUUGGAACACGUCGGCUUUGGGAUGAUUCGAGGUGUGUCGACGCGGCAUGGCACGGCAGUGUUUUUGAAAGACAUAUUGGAUACUGCCAAGCAACGCAUGUUGGACAUUAUGAUGGGAAAUGAGGAAAAGUAUCGGGAUAUCGUUAAUAGCGGACCUAGUCGACAGGCCAAGAAGGCGGAUAAUAGUCGGUUUGUAGACAAUUUGUCCCUUGAUGAUGACCAAAUGGCAUCAAGUGAUGAGUAUAAUGAGGUUGGAUUGUAUGGAAAGGAAGCAGCUGAAAAGAUAGCCGAUAUUGUUGGGAUAUCUGCACUUGUAAUACAUGAUUUUAUGAGGGAUAGAUAUAAGGACUAUACCUUUGAUUGGAAGAAAACUAUAGAUGCUCAUGGGCAUAACGGUGUCUACUUACAAUAUGCACACGCAAGGCUGAGCAGUAUUGAAGAAAAAGCGGGAGUUACACUGAAUCCCAAGGCUAAUAUUAAAGCUCUUAAAGAACAAGCAGCUUUUGAUUUAGCUUACCAAAUAUCACUCUACCCUGAAAUAGUUCUCCAAGCAUACAAAGAUUUCCAACCAUGUGUGAUUGUAAACUAUCUUUUCAAUCUAUCUCAAAGCAUAUCUCAUGCUCAUAGGACAUUGAGGGUCAAGGGUAUGAGUCCUGGAGUAGCGGAAGCGCGAUUACUGUUAUUCUGGUGUGCUAGAGUGACCUUGGGGAACGGAUUGAACCUGUUGGGAUUGACUCCGUUGGAGAAGAUGUAA